GGCGGGUGUUAAUGUUGUUGUGACAGCGGCGCCUCGGAACGGCAGUUUGAGAGAACCAUGGCCGAGUGGGCCGGCACGGCCGCUGCAAAGGAGACUAGAUUAUCAGCUGACGUUGAACCAUUUGUGCCAAAACAGCAAGCAAUUGGACCAAAAUGGUCUGAAUCAUCGGCUACAUUGCCAAGAUACCUAACGACCUGCUAUCCUUUUGUUCAAGAUCCUUAUGUGGAUAGGCAGCAUUUGAAGACAUCAGAGAAUGGCUACAAUAAACAGUCUCAGAAUUUUUCAGAGUUGCAUACAUCCUAUCCAGUUAUGUCAUCUCACUUGCCUGUGGACUAUUCCUUCUGCUAUUCAUAUAAACAGACAUCUGAUUGUUCAUUGAAUCUAUAUGCACAAACACCACCACGCUAUGAUGACAUUUGCUUUUCAAAGCACAGGAUUGGUAGCAGAAGUAACAAGAAAAAACAGCCUGGCCAGCAGGAAUUUGAGAAGGAGAAAGCAUUUUUGAACCAGACAACUAAGGAAACAAGGUCCAGAAAAGAUUUUAAAAAGCAGAGGCAAAAUGUAAAUGAAGUACCUGAGAUUGCAACAGAUGAACAAUUACAACAGUCUGACGUAUUAAGGAAUAAUGCAACCAAAUAUCAAGUCAAGCAGUCUAACAGAUGCCACCACAGCAAAUCAAACUCCAUUCAGAAAAUUCAAAAUGAAUCUGAGUCUAAGACUGAUACCACACCUGAAGUUGCACUGAGUGAUUUCCCUGAAUUACAGAGCCCAGUAUCACAACAAUCUAACAAUGUCCUCGGAAAUGCCAUUGUAUCCAGUGGAGGCUCUGAACAGUCUGACAAAAUAUGGACAUCGGAUGAUGCAACAGAUGUGGGUCAGAGACUGGGGACAUCCCAACUAUCUGGAUUUCCAGCUGCUUCAGAGAAAUGUUCUUCCUCUACUGUCACAGCAAGUACAGUAGCACCAUCUACGUCAUCUUUACCUACUGCCCCUCCAUCUGUCAUGUCGUGGGCCAGAAUUGUUUCACAGGCGCCUAAGAAACCUGUUCUCUGUUCAGCUCCACCAAAGAUAUCUGCACAUAAUGUUUCUCAGAGCAAUGAUGGGGAAACAAAACUGAAAGAGGCAGUUGGGAAACUGAAAAAGAAGAAAAAGAAACAAAAACCAAAGGAACCCAAUACUGCUCCAAAACCUAAUGAGUCCAAGAUAACUGUGCAAGAGCUCCCUCGAUUUGAGGAUGAUGAAGAAUUUCCAGAUUUGACAUCUGCAGUAAGCAAUCCUGACAAAGCCAACAGUGGUGGACAAGACAAGUUCGUUUCCUACAAACAGUCAUCAACAAAUAGAGAAUUGGUUUUAAAUGCAGCCAGCUCCCUUGCUAUUGGUGGCGAACUGAUGCCUUUGGACCAAAGCCAGAAACCAGUCCAAGUGGUGAGAAAAGAAUCCAGCCAUGUACCCACAUCUGAUAGUCCACUGAAGAAAGCUUUGGAAGCUCCAAAGAAAGGUGGUAAAAAGAGUAAGGCACCCAUGCAGCUGGAUUUUGGUAACAUGCUGGCUGUCCUAGAACAAAAGCAGCAGGAGAAGAAGUCUAAACACACCCCUAAGCCAAUUGUAUUUGCAGUUGGAGGGACGUUUCCAUUAGUUCCUAAAGAACCCACAACAUCAAAAAGACAGCCCCAAGGCUCAAGUCAGGGAAAGGUUCCACAUAACCCCUUGGACUCAAGUGCUCCUUUGGUAAAACGAGGAAAACAGAGGGAAGUUCCAAAGGCCAAAAAACCAACAUCGCUUAAAAAGAUUAUAUUGAAGGAAAGAGAAGAAAGGAAACAGCGACGCUUGCUAGAGGAAAAAGGACUGAUCCCAUCAGGUUGCAGCGUAUUUGCUCAAGAGGCUCAAGCAGUUGUUUCAGAUCAGAAUGAGAACCUGGACACACAAAAUAAAACAACUGAAUUAGAUGGUUCAACAGAUUUGGAUGUUUUUGCACCAUUUUCAUCCAAUCAAAAUUUAGAAUCUGUUUCUGAAACACCAAAAUAUCCUGAAGGAACUUUGAUGGAAAACAUUUUGAUGAAUUCCAGACAUCCAAAGAUACAUAGCAGACGUUUUAGAGAAUAUUGCAGCCAAGUGCUCAGUAAAGAAGUUGAUAACCAUGUGACUGACCUGCUGAAAGAACUUGUCCGUUUCCAAGAUCGUUUGUACCAAAAGGAUCCAAUUAAAGCUAAGAAAAAACGUAGGAUUGUAAUGGGCCUGAGAGAAGUGUUAAAACAUCUAAAGCUGAAAAAGCUUAAAUGUGUUAUCAUUUCUCCCAACUGUGAAAGAAUACAAUCAAAAGGUGGCUUAGAUGAGACAUUACAUACAAUAAUUGAAGUUGCCCGUGAACAAGAAAUUCCAUUUGUCUUUGCUCUCAAUCGUAAAGCUCUAGGGCGCUGUGUAAACAAAGCAGUUCCUGUUAGUGUGGUUGGAAUCUUCAGCUAUGAUGGUGCUGAGAGUCAAUUUCAUCAAAUGGUUGAACUCACUGAAGAAGCAAGGAAAGCAUAUCAGGAAAUGCUUAAUGCCCUAGAGCAAGAAUGCAAGGCGGUUGAAGAAUGUUCAGAGGAGCCAUUGUGUGAUCCGACAGAGGCAAGAACAACUACGUUGGAUAACGUGACCUGUCAGUCAUUUUUGGAAACCAGGGAACCACAAUAUGUUACCACAUGGAGGAACUUGCUGAAGAGACAAUGUAACUCCAACCCAUCAGACACUGAAAAAGCAAGAACUUCAGAGACCCAACAUUGUGACUCAGAAGAAGAAUCUGAUGCUACCUGAUCAGCUAGGUUUCUCCAGAACUUUGUUUAUAUUUCAUUUCUCCAGCAUCCAAGGAAUUGAUUGAAGAUGAGGAAUGCGAGCUUUAUUCAUUUCUUGACAGAUGUCAUUGAAUCAUUUCUACAUUCAUUACUGGUAAUGAUAAUUAAAUUAAUAACUUCAGUAAACACAACCUAGACUAACUCUGAAUCUUUUUCAAUUAUUGUAAAAGUUUUCUGUGAGGAAUGUAUUCAGUUUCCAGGUUAGUGUGGGGUAUGUGGUGUUAAACAUUGCCAUUUAUUUGGACACCUAUAAUGAUCUGGUUUGUCCUGGAGCUGUGUUCUCAUUAAGGUGCCAUCUUCUCUUUUCAGCUGACAAGCUAUUUCAUUUUGUACUGAGGAUUUAUAAUUUGUACACUGAGCACACCUCAAAUUGUGGUAGUUUAUCCAAGCAGAAUUAGUUGUGAUCUAACACAACAGAUCACCUAUGUGCCAAAGAAUAUCUCAGCAAGACUGGAAUGAAGGUUGAGAGUGUGGUUGAAGCAGCUGCUCAGAAUAACACUUCCCAGAGAUGGGGAAAUUGCCAGACCCAUUUGUUGGAGGUUUCAUUCUAAACAGGCUGCCAUGAUGGCUUGGGAAAAAACCUGGCCAAAUUUUUGCCCCUCCUCUGUAUUUCCAGGCUACAAGCAUCAGGAAUUUCCCAGAGUGGGGGACUCAAUUACUAAGGGUCAUGAGUUCAAAGUGACAGGAGGAAAGUUUAAGGGAGAUAUGCGUGGAAAGUUCUUUACACAGAGGAUGGUGGGUGCCUGGAACAUGUUGCCAGCGGAGGUGGUAGACGCAGACACGUUAGCAUCUUUUAAGAUAUAUUUGGACAGGUACAUGGAUGGGCAGGGAGCAAAUGGACACAGACCGUUAGAAAAUGGAUGAAGGGUCUAGGCCCGAAACGUCAGCUUUUGUGCUCCUGAGAUGCUGCUUGGCCUGCUGUGUUCAUCCAGCCUCACAUUUUAUUAUCUUAGAAAAUAGAUGACAGGUUAGACAGAGGAUCUUGAUCGGCGCAGGCUUGGAGGGCUGAAGGGCCUGUUCCUGUGCUGUAGGUUUCUUUGUUCUUUGAAUAAAUCUCAAAUCUCAAUUACUCUGCACUUUGGGCCCUACAUUUUGUGUCUGAGCAAUAACAACAACUGUCCAGGUUGGUGCUAAUCUGUGCUGAGUUAGCUGAUAUAACAUCCAAAGGUGUUAACAUCUAUUGGUUAGUUCGAAGAAAGAUCAACAAACAUUUCUGCUGCUGCUCCUUCUUAAUUCUUUCAUAGGAUGUGGGGAUUGUAAGUUACAUCACCAUUUCUUGCUAUUGCUAAUUGCCAUUGAACUGAGUGGCUUUCAGAGAACAGCUAAAAGUCAGCCACAUUAGUGAGAGAGUGUGGAGUCACUUGAUAGCAGAUCUCCUUCCUUAAAAUGAUAUGAGAGAACCAGAUGGAUCUUUACAAAAAUUGAAAUGCUUUCACACUUACCACUACUAAGACUAGCUUUGUUAUUGGAAUUUGAGUUAAAAUAGUUGCCCAUGCUCCCCCAAACAUUAGCCCAGACCACUGGAAUACCAGUCCAAGGAUAUUAUCACAAUGCCAUCGCCUUCCCCUUAUUUGAUGACCCCUAUCAGCUGUGGCAGGAUGUAGAUAAUAAAUAAGCCAGAAGUGAUAUGGUGUGAUUCGUUUCUCUUUUAUAUGGUUUGCCUGUGCUCAACAUCUUUUAAAUAAUUGCCAGUUAAUGAAUUACUGGAGGUCAUUUAUCUGUAAAGUAGUGAGGGACUUCAAAUCUUCAGCAGAGAUGGAGAAGAAGUGGAAAAAAAAGUAAAAAGAAAACAAAAAUAAAUUGAAAUUAUACAAGCCCUCGCCUUAUUUUCAACAAGGAAUAAAAGUUUGCACAUCAUUGUUUUUAAGCUAACAGUCUGACAAGCAUGCUGUUUUCAUGUUUGGUCUUCCAUCAAUUUUUGCAUUUUUCCAUAACCUAUGAUGGACUUAAGGGUAGACUUCAGUCAUGAAAGCAGCAGUUAACUGUCACUCAGCAUAUUUACUACAGUUUAACAUAGGCCCAGAAUUUCUAAUCAGGGUCACAAACACUAUCUCGAACCAUGAUCAUAUGAGAAAAAAGUACCUUUUGGAGGAGCACUCCAUGAGAAUUUCUGGGUCCAAAAGCUUUCCAUAGUCUGGGGAAGGAAACAACGCAAUCAACGGCAAAAUGGAUUAGCGUUGAUAUCACACCCCAUUUUUCACUAGCAGCUGCAAUUACUAGAUUUAAAAGUCUUGAAGCCAUUUGACAGCAGCUGAGGGAAAACAAGUGUGUGAGCUAAGUGAAGAUGUAAAGUGGCAUGUGGAUGAGGGGUACAAGUGGUAGAGGGGUAAUAGGGUGCUUGUGUGGGGGGUUUAGGAUGAUAAGUACAUGCGUGCAUGCUUUGCAUAAGUUGGGUUGGAGGAACAAAUUGGUUUGGCUGGUUUAAUCAAUAGGGUGUGGGGAAUGGGAUAGGGUCUUUGGUUCUAAUGUCAAAAUACAUGGCAUGGUGGCUCAGUGGUUAGCAGUACAGCCUCACAGCAUCAGAGACCCGGGUUCAAUUCCAGCCUCGGGCGACUGUCUGUGUGAAGUUUGCACAUUCUCCCCAUGUCUGCGUGGGUUUCCUCCCACAGUCCAAAGAUGUGCAGGUUAGGUGGAUUGGCCAUGCUAAAUUGCCCGUAGUGUUCAGGGGUGUGUGGGUUAUAGGGGGAUGAGUCUGGGUGGGAUGCUUCUAGGGGCGGUGUGGACUUGUUGGGCCGAAGGGCCUGUUUCCACACUGUAGGCAAUCUAAUCUACGCAAGGGAUAUGAUGUCAAGUGUCAUUGGGUUUCCAGGUUGUAGGAGUACACAAGGUUGAGAUUGUUGAUUGGGUAAAGUUAAUAAUUACUCAAGUUACAGCAGGCUUUAAUCCAAACUUUGAGCCAAAUCAAUUGGAAUUCUUUGAAGUCUCUGACUCUGACUUGGAGCUGGUGACUUGAUGUCCAGAAGUCUCUUCAUAAUUUAGCUACCCAUUGGAAGUUUUGACUUCCAGAACAAUUCCCAGCUGCUUUGGGAAUUGUGCAUGGGCCUGCCUACAACUUUUGUUUACUGAUGCAGAAGAUUUGGGUUACAGUAUUUAAUAAUUCUUUAGUUUUAUUGAUGGUUGGAUUGAUAUUUGCCAACAUAAAUGUGCUGGCUUAUAAAGCUAGCUCAAUUACGCUGAGGGUUGCAGGAACAGCAACUCAUAUUCCGCCUGGGAACCCUGCAGCCAUACGCUAUCAAUGUGGACUUCACCAGUUUCAAAAUCUCCCCUUCCCCUACUGCAUCCCUAAACCAGCCUAGUUCGUCCCCUCCCCCCACUGCACCACACAACCAGCCCAGCUCUUCCCCCCCACCCACUGCAUCCCAAUACCAGUCCAACCUGUCUCUGCCUCCCUAACUGGUUCUUCCUCUCACCCAUCCCUUCCUCCCACCCCAAGCCGCACCCCCAGCUACCUACUAACCUCAUCCCACCUCCUUGACCUGUCCGUCUUCCCUGGACUGACCUAUCCCCUCCCUACCUCCCCACCUAUACUCUCUCCACCUAUCUUCUUUACUCUCCAUCUUCGGUCCGCCUCCCCCUCACUCCCUAUUUAUUCCAGUUCCCUCUCCCCACCCCCCUCUCUGAUGAAGGGUCUAGGCCUGAAACGUCAGCUUUUGUGCUGCUGAGAUGCUGCUUGGCCUGCUGUGUUCAUCCAGCUUCACACUUUGUUAUCUAUCAAUUAUGCUGAGGAUGGAUUCAUGAAAUGACAAUAUACAGAAAGGCCUCAAGUGCUGGUGCAUUCCUAUCUGCUUUGUGGGAAGCAAAGGCUAAUUUAUUUGUCUUACUGCAGAAAUAUCACACCAACAGUGUUUUCAUUUUGUUUUGUUUGUUACUGUUCCCUUUUCCUUCUUUUGCCUGUAAUCUGCAAUGAACUGCCUAGUAAAUAACUGCACAGAAGAUGAGGUGGUUAUGGAAUAGCAAAAGCGUUCCAAAAUAAUUUCCGCAUACCACUUGUGCCUAAACACUUUUUAAAAAAUUGGUUCAGGUCCAGGACCUACGAUUGUGAUUGGGGUUUGAUAAUUUUCCAAGGUCAUAAAAUGGGUGUCCACUUAUGAAAAAGUUCUUUUUUGCAAUCAAUAUUUUGUAAGUGCACCAGCUGUUUCAAAUAUGUGGAACUGUCAUUAAUGUUUGAUUUUUGUUCUAAAACCUAAAACAGGAAGUUCCUUUUAAAAAUCAGAAUUUUUGUUUAGCAAUAUUAUGGAGAACACCAUUCUUCUUGCUUUUUUUUAAGAAAGCUGCAAUGCAGCAGGAGGUAAUUGUUGAUAAUAGGCACUGCCUGCUGAUCUAUAACUCCAUUUACUUGAUUUACAAAGGCAAUAAACACUGUUUCAAUUUUGUAAAACUGUGAAUUUUACUUUAAGGAUCAGUUUUGUUAUAAGAAGUUUAAUGUAGAAUGUAUUAUGAACUGCCUUUUUCAUAAGAUGGGUAGCUGCUGAAACACUUACAUUUGAAAACCUUAUCUAGUUGUAAUACUUAAUGAAGUUCAAUGUAAAUGAAAGUAUAAUUUAUAGAUUAAAAAUUAAGUAAAUAUGAUUCAGAUUUG